AGCAAACAAUUCAAUCUCAUAUUCAGGCUUAGAUUUGAGGUAAAAAACCAUUUGGAACCGGAUAAAGUCCGGAUAAGAGAUCCCAACACCCAAAACUUAACCAACUCCUCACCCUUUGAGGCUUAGGCCACUCAAAUCCCCACAAUUCAAUCUAAAAUCAAAACCAAAUUGGGACCUGACCGGGUCAAGAUCGAACUGGAUCAAGACCGGACUGUAUCCAAUCCAAUCUUUGGUCCUGAUAUUUCCGAAAAGACCGGACCAGGACCGGAUCAAUUCGGGCCAAUUUAACCGGACCGAACCGUGUAGCCACCCCUAGGUUUGACUAUAUAGUUAGUUGAGUUGUAACCAACAUGAAAAAACAAGAGUCAAGCUGUAAUUCUCUAACUUUCCCAAAUUCUUCAAUUCAUUUGACGGUUUACUUUCUUGUAUACAAACUGAUUGUUGUUCUUGAUUCAUCAGAACUCCAGAAUAUAGUAUAUGCACGUAUUGUUGUGACUUCACCGUAUGGAAUGAACCAUAUACUUCACCGAUGGAAAUAUACAUGCCAUAACAAGUGAGACAAGUAGGUAGCUGAACUGCCCACAGUUAUUGCUAGUUUGGUUUACAUUGCGUGAAAACUUCAUAGACUUUUUUCCUCUACUGGUCACUUUAUGUAUUCUUCUUUUGUAUUGAAAUUUGAACGCGACUGAAACAUAGACGAGAUUUGUUAUCAGACAAAUAAUGAAAGCAAUAAAUAUUUGCAUCUACCGGGCACAUGCUUUUCUGCUGUGGAAGUUCAUGCCAUGUUCAUAUAUGCAUGCUAUCAAAGGGUAGUAUUAUCUGUAGAUGCCCAGUUGCAAUUUUGGUUCCAUUAAUAGCUAGCCUCUGCCAUUUUAAAUUAGCAAUUAGAACAUUUCGUUCACGAGUUUAGAUUCUUUUUUUAUGAAGGAGAACCCUUAUUUGCGGUCGGUGCUGACAGUGAAUUCGUGGGCAGGUCAAAAUUCAGCAUUAGAGCACACGACGGAACGAAUCACUGCCUUCGUCACCAGGAUUCAAUCACUAGCUUCUCGAAUUAUCGUGUGUCGUUUUCACCAGCUAGGCUAGUAAUUGUUUGCAAUGAAAUGAAUCUAUCAAUAAUUCACAGACUUUUGAGGACUGUAGGCAUUGCAACUUUGCAAAGUCAUAAUGACUUGAACAACGAAUUCGAAAAGGCUGAAAGUGAUACCACAAGGAAUUGAAUGGCGUGAUCGAUAAUGUCACAUACUUUGUCUAGCUAACUAAAAAUGUUUGUGUGUGUAAUUUAAAGAUGAAAAGUGAUGAGCACCAAGUACACCACCAUAACUCCAUAACCAAUACAGUAUAACCUAUGUACAGGCUAUACAGUAGUCUCCCUCCCUUCUCUACUCUAUUAUAUGCCGAGCUACACGAGCGACAGUCGAUUGGGGGCAGUUCUGAACGAGAUUUGUCAUUAUUGUGGUGCCCAUCCGGGGUUUAGUGUGUGGUUUGUAGGUCGGGAGAACAAUAGGGUAACUCAUUUGGUAGCUAGAAAAGCCCUCUCUUUGUACCCGAAUGUGAAUCGCUCGUUUGAUUUCAGGGCCUGACUGCUUUCCAGGAUGUAACUAUCUUUUGUUUGGAUUAAUAUAUGAUAUCUUUUGACAAAAAAAAAAAAAAAAAGGUAGCCAGGCUGACUUCAGAAUAGUUAUAAUAAUCUAACAAACGAAAGACGAGAUAGAACAGAUUAAAAAUGGCGCGCGACGACACAAGAUUAAACAAGACAAAGAUAAUAAAAUCCGCGUACCUUACCACAAAUUACUCGCGCGCGACUUUGAGUAAUGAUACCACGCAAAAACCCAACGAAUCGAAAUAGAUCGCUAGGCUCCGAGUAACGAUACCACACAAAAACACAACGAAUCGAAAUAGAUCGCUAGCCUCGCGUAGAUCAGGUCGAAAUCGUCAUCGCGCUAAUCACUCUGCCAAUUGCCAUCUUACCAAGUUAAAGAAGGCCGAAGCUCAGCGACUCCAACGCGGAUUCAUCAAUUCACACAAUUGACCGGACCGGUGGGGAGGUAGCUACUAGCUAGUAGUAGACUACUAGUAUAGCCUAGUAGCUAGGGGGUUAAUUAAUUUUGACAAUCUUAGUUUAUAAUUAUUAAUUGAUUAAAAAAAAAUCUACCGAGAUUUCCAAUAGUACUGAAUGAAUGUGGCGAACAGUUGGUAGUUGAGGGACUUCAAUGCUCUCUCGUCGCUCGCUCAAAUCAAAACCACGUACGCUAGCUUUUGGGUUAUAAAAAGACCCCAUUCUCAUCAGACUUUCCCAAUCCAUUUUCAAAACAUCCAUUUCCCAAAAAAAACAGAAAGGCGAGAAUAUGGGGAAGGGGAGUGGGAAGAGGAUUGCUGCAGUGUUGUGUUUGGUUUGCUUUCAGGUUCUGGUGGGGAGUGUUUUGGCGAGGGAUUUUGUGGGGAAGUAUGAGGAGGAGAAGAAGGGGUUCCGUAGGGGCGGAGGGCUCGGCGGCGGGUUCGGCGGCGGGGGCGGGUUUGGUGGAGGCGGUGGUGGCGGGCUGGGAGGCGGGGGUGGAGCGGGUGCAGGUGGCGGGUUUGGUGGAGGUGCUGGUGGAGGCGGAGGGUUAGGCGGCGGCGGCGGGUUAGGAGGCGGCGGUGGUUUAGGUGGUGGGAUUGGUAAGGGCGGGGGAAUCGGCGGUGGGAUCGGAAAAGGUGGAGGGCUUGGCGGCGGAGCAGGUGGAGGGAUCGGAAAAGGUGGAGGUCUAGGUGGCGGAAUAGGUAAAGGAGGUGGGCUUGGGGGCGGUGCCGGCGGUGGGAAGGGCGGAGGACUUGGCGGUGGAGCAGGUGGCGGCUUUGGCAAGGGCGGAGGACUUGGUGGUGGAGCCGGCGGAGGUGCUGGUGGCGGGUUUGGCAAGGGAGGAGGACUCGGCGGUGGUGCUGGUGGUGGAGCCGGCGGAGGUGCUGGAGGUGGUUUUGGCAAGGGUGGUGGGAUUGGCGGUGGAGCCGGAGGAGGAGCAGGAGGUGGGUUUGGAAAGGGUGGAGGAAUAGGAGGAGGAAUCGGCAAGGGAGGUGGAUUCGGCGGUGGAGCCGGCGGCGGGGCUGGUGGAGGAGCAGGAGGUGGGAUUGGCGGAGGAGGGGGUGCCGGCGGUGGAGGAGGGUUCGGCGGCGGCUCGGGUGGAGGAAUUGGGGGAGGAUUCGGGAAAGGCGGUGGGAUCGGUGGAGGAGUGGGCGGCGGGAGUGGAGGUGGAGGUGGGUUUGGAGGAGGCGGUGGAGUUGGGGGUGGAUUCGGUGGUGGCGGCGGGGCCGGAGGCGGGUGGGGCGGCGGCGGACAUUAGUAAACGGCGGUGAUCACGUUUCCCUCUCCUGUCGUGCAUGCAUGCAUGCACGCAUUUGAUAAGAGGAGCUCAUGAGGAGAUCCAAUCCAAUGAGGAACUGAACAAAAAGGGAUUUACAGUCGUUAAUUAAUAAUUAUUCCAAUUUCGCAAUUCAUGUGUUUCUUUCUUUUAUUUUAUCACCUGUAUUGUAAGAGACUAAGAGUUAUUGUAAUUCGACUAAAAAUGUUUUAUAUUAUAAAUUAUAAUCUCCUCAUUGUUUUUUAUUUGAAGAAGUAAUCAAUAUCACACCUACUUUUUGCACACCACAACUACCAUGCCACAUGCAUUGUCGACUUGUCGUCAUGGAUAUAUAUAUAAAAUUAAAACUUUUAUUCGGAUAUAGUGAAUUGCAAAAUAAAAGUUUGGAAAUUAAUGAGCAUAAUAUCAAUAUGGUUAAAAAAAAUGAAGAAAAUUGGUGAGGAAAUUGAAGCAGGAAUGUUGGGCUUUGGAAUGGUAGGUGUGGGGAAUUGUUGGAGAUGGGCCCAAAAGGGGGAGUGCAUUUAAAGCCUGGUCUCUUGUCCAGAACAGACAGAGUGGCCCAUCGUCAUUAUUGUGAUGAAAAUUAAUUCAUGGGUAAGAGAUAGACUGGGCUGUAGUAAUUACUGUUUUAACGAAAAAUAGCAGUCGGUAUUGGGCCUCAGGCCUUUGAUUCGGUAGUUACUAAUUAGUUGCAGGCGAUACGAAGAUUAUCGGUUGACAAAUGUGUGAAUCAGAGAUUCAAGGGACAGUAAAAACAAUUUUUACUGGAGUUUUCCUUUUCCGCUUUAAUUUUGCGAUUGCUAAUGCGUUGCGUUCUCAAACUCGACUCGUUUGCGGUUCUAUUUAUAUGCCUUUAGGUUAUAAAAGGUUGUCAAACUGGAAAUCAUUAAGUAGGUUUCACGAGUAGUUUGAGGUUCAAUGAUUGGAUAGGGUGGGUUCAACUAGUUUAAGUUGGUUUUGAUAGAAUACGUGAGAAAACCUCUGGUACCAAUUAUGUAUAUGUAUCAUGUAUGACAUAUUUUAAAACAAAUUCACUAAUCUACAUUAAUAUAUUACCAAAUAAUUUUUUCGAAAUAUAUAUAUAUAUAUUACCAAAUUAUCUAUCCUCAUUUUCAAACACAAUAAGAUUAGCCGAUUUUA